GAAUACAUUAUUUUUAUCGUAUCACUAAAGUAUAAGUACAUAUAACUAAAUCCAGUAUUAGUAAAAUCAGUUAUCAGUUGAGUGGAGUGGCCGAGUGGCCGAGUGGCCAAGUGGCCUUGUGGUGUUUCCAGGUCUUUCCUGGUGGUGGAUGCUCGGAUCAGCACGGAUCAGCAGCACCGAUGCAUCGAUGCAACCGUUACCGCGCGCGUAUAGUAUGAAAACCAUCAAAGAGCUCUGAAUACAUUCCAAGAGAGUACUUUCGAGUAUCUCUCGUAAAAGGUACGAUAUCUGUAAUGAAAUGGAGAAAUAGCAGUGUCCAGUUUUUCGUAGAUAAAAAUUAAUACGCCAUCCACGUUCGUUUUACCAUUGACAGCUGAUAUGGUAUGAUCAUGGCGGAGUCCACGAACAAGUCGAAUAAUGACAAAGUUAAGUGCAAAAUUUUAAUCGUCGGCGCAGGAAUGGCCGGAUUAUCAGCUGCAAAUCAUUUAUUGAAGAACCACGAAACUGAUUUUUUGAUUGUCGAGGCACGAGGUCGGAUAGGUGGUCGUAUCGUCUCGCUAAAAAUCGGCAACGAAAAAGUUGAGUUAGGGGCAAAUUGGAUCCACGGAGUCCUAGGAAAUCCAAUGUUUGAAUUAGCAAUGGCAAAUGGAUUGAUAGAUAUCGUACGCAUACCGAGGCCUCAUAAAGUUGUAGCAGCUACGGAAGACGGCAAGCAACUACCGUUUCCAGUUUUGCAAGAAAUCUACGAAGCUUACGUGUGUUUUCUAAGGCGGUGCGAAGAAUAUUUUUUAAGCCCUUACAGUCCCCCGGAUGGGAUAAACAGCGUCGGCGCUCACGUCGCGUUAGAGGCUGAGAUUUACUUAUCGUCUCUGCCAAAAGAGGACAGAAGAAUUAGGCAAUUGUUGUUUGACUGUUUACUUAAAAGAGAAACUUGUAUUACUGGCUGUGAUAGUAUGGAGGAUGUUGAUCUUUUGGAAAUGGGUUCGUACGCGGAACUACAAGGUGGAAAUAUCAGUCUUCCGGAUGGUUACAGUGCUAUAUUGGAACCAGUCGCAAAACACAUACCAAAAGACAGCAUUCUUACUAGACACGUUGUUACUAAAAUUAGGUGGCAAAGAAAAAAGUGCGCGGAAGACGAGAAUUCUACGAAUAAUUGUCCUAAUAAAAACACUUUUAUAGAAAUAGAAUGCGAAAACGGGAAAACAAUAUUAGCCGAACAUGUGAUUUGUACAUUGCCAUUAGGAGUCCUUAAGGAAAAAGCUAACGAUAUAUUCGAUCCACCUCUACCUACUUAUAAACUCGAUGCCAUAGACAGACUUUUGUUCGGUACCGUGGACAAAAUAUUUUUAGAGUACGAAAGACCGUUUCUGAAUCCUGGAAUAUCGGAAGUGAUGCUUCUCUGGGACGAUAGAGGAUUAACGGAAGAAGAAAAGCAAGACGUUAGCAAAACAUGGUUCAGGAAGAUAUAUUCUUUUACUAAAGUUUCGGAAACGCUACUGUUAGGAUGGAUAUCGGGAAAGGCUGCCGAGUAUAUGGAGCGUUUAAGUUCAGCGGAGGUAGCCGAUGUAUGCACAUCGAUAUUACGAAAAUUUCUCAACGAUCCAUUCGUACCAGCGCCAAACAAUUGCAUACACACCUCGUGGCAUAUGCAACCGUACACGCACGGUUCUUAUACCGCUAUGGCAGUCGGCGCGAGUCAAUUAGACAUAAAUUGUUUAGCCGAACCUAUAAAGCAGGAAGACGAUCCAUCGAAAAUAGUGAUAGCAUUCGCUGGCGAGCAUACCCAUACUUCCUUUUAUAGUACAGUACACGGAGCGUAUUUGACUGGACGAACCGCUGCCCAAACGCUUCUGGAAUCGAGAAAGAACGAGAAGAAUUCGAUAAGCCUCAGCUGUGAAGACACUAGCGACCUAAGUUCGUGGAUACAAGGAAUUUCUCUGAAUUAAAAAGCAUUCAGAGUUGAAUAAUAAAUUAAACACGGAUCGAGAAAUUAUUCUGUAUGUCGACGUUUUCACACUUAUCGAGCACAAUUUAUUACCGCGGUACGAACCUAUCGUUCGAUAUUUUACACACUGUCGGGGCGAUGAGAAACGUGAUUUAUAGGUGUUUAGUAUUAACGCGAAAUUCGUAAACUGGAUUUUUUUUGUAAAUAGUAUAGAGAAUUGUUUAUAUUGUGUACAUAACGAUGCCUGUCUAAAAUCUCGAGAUUUCAUAAACGUGCAUUUUGUCGAUUUUACGCACAGUCUUGGCUUUGUUCGACGAUCGAGAAAGGAACGACGAUUGGAAAUCGUGUUGCAAGACGAUGCUUCAUUUUAUGGGAUCACCUAACACUGUAGUACAGAAGUUUUAUAUACAUAUAUAAAACUUUUAUUCAACACCGACGAAAGUGCUUUUUAUCGUAGAUAAAUCAUUUCGAACGUCCACGUUUGUUAAUUAUUACUAGGGCCGCCACCUUUUUAAAGUAUCUAUAAUAUGUACACAGAAACGAUAUUUUAUUUAUUUCGUGAAAUUCUUGCUAUAAUUGGGAUAAUAAACUCGAGUAACCGUUUCCAGCGCUUACGCUUAUACUUUUCAUGCUUUCGACUAUAUUUCAACAAGGUUUUUAUCAGUUUUGUUUUUUUUUUUUUUUUUUUUUACAAUUAUAAACUUUUAGCUAAUCAAGUGUUCCCGUGGCAAGUUUCCUUGAUAGCUCGUCCAUUGUAACUGGAACUAGAAAACGAACAAUUUUUCGCGGCGGUAUAGCCAAGAGUAGGACCAUGCGGAAGACAUGGUGCAGAAAAAUACGAAAGUAGAACAGGUGGCAACCCUAGUGAUCGCGUCAAAUAACGAAAAUAUAUCUGCUGUUCGACCUUGCGUUCGCGAGAUAAUGGAUAAGAUAUAAUGUUAGACCAAACAUUAAAUUGAUCCACAUGUUAUGCAACAGAAAAAAAAAAAAAAGUGAAAUCAAACGUUCAUAUUUCCAUAGAAAAUUUAGUGAUAUUAACCGCUGUAUACAUAUGCGUGGGCAAUUACACACAUAUGUUAAAGGCACAGUUUGCAAACCACUUGCAAAAAUUCCCAAGUUACAAAGUUUUAUUUACCUAAAAUUAGUAUUCUCUUUGUUCCAUUUUUAAUACACCUUUACUUGAAAGUAUUACAACAGAUGUGCAUUUUAUCUAGUCACAUUGCGUUAAGCUAUUUAGUUUUACGUGUAGUAAACGAGUAACGAAACAUCCGUGAUUUUUUAUGUUUGUUUUUCCUAAUAAAACCAAUCACCAACAACGAUUUACCGUGCGAUUCAAUUUUCCAUAUUUUUGUUUAUAAUUAAUACGCUAGUAUAAUACGUUCCGUAAUCUUCGAAACAUCGUAGAAACAUUGUAACGUUGCUGUUUUUAUAACGAAUAUCUUUCGAAAGUAAUUUUUCAGUAUUUCCGAGAUGAAAAAAAAAAAUAUGUUUUCUGCCACUAUGUAUAUCACUCGAUACUAAUUCGUGACAAUGUGAAUCGAAGAAUAACUGGUGAAACAAAAAGGAUUGUUAUAUUAUGCACAGAUACAGAUAAUACUAUAACUGAAAUAAAUAAUUUUCAGUAAUUA